AUGAAUAACUAGUAAAUUAGGUUAAAAAAAGGAGAGAAUAAUGGGUUAUAUGACUUUAGCAAUAUAUCAAAAGUAAGUAAAACAAUCAUUAAGGAUAGAAGCUUUAUGGUUGAAUUUAAUAAACAGGCAAAUUAACUAAUAAAAGAUAAUCAAGCCAAAUUAAUUAAUAAGAUCAAUGAUUUUAUUAAAAGUUAGGUUUAAACUUAAGUUAGAAGUGAUACUGCUUAAAAAUAAACUCUCUUCACUAAGUAAUACAAAGAAAGUACUUAGGUUAAUUCCAAUGUAGAUAACUAGAUUUAAUUUACUAGAAAAGAAGUUUUUAUCCUAUUAUUAAUGAUGUAUUCAAACUAGAUAGAGAAUGAUAAUCAAAUCAUGAAGUAAACUGGAUUUUAUUAAAUCAACAUGGAAUAAAUCAAAUAGAGCAAUUCUUAAUAAUCUUAUGAAAAGCUCAAAUGCAUUCAUUCUUAUUUUCUAAAUUUUUUCUAAAAAUUUAUUCAGAAAGAUGAGUCAUCAAUUAUUUAGAUGCAAAUUCAAGAUAUAGAAAAUUAAAUUAGAAAGCAAGAAUAAAUAAUGUUAUUGUUGUAAACCCAGAGAGACAAUCUGAAACAGAAGUUAAACAAUUCCAUGCCUAAAUAAUAUAAUGAAGAAGAUGAAUUAAUUACUUUCAUUAGAAGAACUGAAUAUAGAAUAUAUGAUGAAGUUUUUAAAAAUUAUAAAGAUCCAAUAUGUUAAUUUGAUAUUAAAAAAGGAAGAUGCGAAGAUAUUAAGAAUUCAAUAUUGGUGAAUUUUGCAGACAAAAAUGUUGGUGGUUUAAGUUUAGACACAAGAAAUAUUGCUUAGGAAGAAGUAUUAAUGUUAACUCACCCAGAAGCACUUAUAGCUAUGUUAUUUAUGCAAUAAAUGAAAGAUAAUGAAGCUAUUUUAAUUAGGAAUGUUAUUAAAUAUAAUGAUUAUGACGGGUAUGAGUCAACAUUUAAAUAGAAGGAAGAGGCAUAUUUUAAAAUAAAUGAACCUAGUUUAAAACAAAAUUAGGCUGUCAUAAAAAAUCAUAUAUUAUUUAUGGACGCAUUAUAUUAUCAAAAUUGGUAAACGCAGUUUGAUCAAUCGUUCAUUUAAAGAGAAUUACUAAAAGGUUAUGUUGCAUUUUCUUUAGCACUUGAACAUCUAGAAAUUGAAAAUAUUUCUACAGGUAAAUGGGGUUGCGGUAUUUUUCAUGGGGAUCUUACUUUAAAAUUUCUAAUCUAACUGCUUGCAUUUUCAUAAGCAUAUUAAGAUAUGAUAAAUAAGAAUCAAUUAGGAUAAAAUUAAUUUUAAAGAAGUAUCAUUUUUAAUUCAUUUCAUGAUGAAUAAUUUGAAUAUUUGGUUUCAGAAUAAAAAGCUUAGUUUUCUAAAUAGAAUUCGAGCAUAAAAUAUAUUCAUUAAUUAAUUGAAGAUUUGUCAAAAAGGGUCAAUUCUAAAAAGAACAAUUAUGCGAAGAAUUGA